AUGAAACAGAUCAAAAUAGAGGCAAGAGAUUUUCCUUAAUUAAAGGACAAGAUAAUUGAAAUAUGUAAUUAAACUGAGAAAGAAGUUGAAGAGAUAGAGAGUUCAAACAAGCCAAUGAACUAAAAAGAAAAAGAAGUGGCAGAUUUGAGUUUCAAGCUAAUCUAGGAAGUUUAACAAGAAUUUUAUAAUUUAGUAAAGAGUUCAGAGGAACUUUUUAUGAUUAUUUAAAAGAUUGGGAAUUUGAGUGGAAGCAAAAGCGAAAUUCCAUCUGAUAUGAUUUUUAAUGUAUCAAAAUCUCCCAUAGAACGUAAUGGGUAAAAUAAUGGUAUUCCUAGAUAGUCCAAAAGUCAAAAUAACUAUAAUUAUCAAAGAAACAUAUCUUAUGAGUUCCUAUUGACAGAUAAAUAGAAUGGAAUAAAUUCAUAAUACAAUGAAAGUGAAGAACUCAAAGAUCAUGAUGGAUUAGAUAGCGAUUCUGAGGAAUCUAAAAAAGGUGAUAAUCAUUAAGAUUAAAGAACUGAUACCUCCUUGAAAAAAAAGUUUGAUAUGAUAAGUGAAAAUGCAGGAAUAUUGGGUAAUAAAGAAUUUACAUUGGGAGAAGCAGGACUUAUAAAUUAGAAAUAGAUAUUUUAGACACAGAAUAAAAAUGGAAAUAAGUUUAGCUAAUAAAAGUAUUAAACAAUUGUCUGCUAUAAUGAAUAUGAUAAUAAGAUUAUUGUGGGAUAAAACUAUCCUAUGACAUUACUUCUUGACUCAGAGAUGAAAGAUACAUUGCCUUUAAAAUUUGGUUCAGAGCUAAUAUCUAUAUAUCAAAUUAAUGGACUAUUCUUCUUAGGGAUGGAUGAUAAGAAAAUCAUUAUUUUUGAAAAAGAUUAAUACAAUGAGGAAAUGAGUAUUGAUACACAAGAGUGUGUGUAGAAAUUUGUUUACUACAAGCAUGAGGAUCCGAAUUUGAAUUUACCUAAAGAAUAUUUAAUCCUAUUAGAAAAGGAUGGCUAUAUCUAAUUCUUUAGUUUCUAAAAUCUAAAGAUAGUAUUAACUCAUCAGCACCCGAGCUUAAUUAGUAUAUAGGAUGGAUUAUAAGUUGCUAAUAAAAACUAAUUAUGUUUGGCGUUUGCGAAACGUGUUGAUAAUAGCUAUAUAGAUGGACUAUUAUUAUUCAUAGAUGUAGAAAUAAAAUAAGCAACUCACAAAUAAACAUAGCUCAAUAUUAAUCCUUCUAAAGUAGCAAACUUAGUUGAUAUUCAGAUAUAUUAUAAAGAACAAUUUUUUGCUAAAAAGGCAGUAUUUAAUGUCCAACAAAUAUCAAAUAAUCUAUUUAUAGUCUGCAUUAUUAAUGAAAAUUUCAAAGUGAUAGAUAGAUCCAAGCUAAAGGAAAUUAAAGAUAUACCAAAUCCUUCAGGGAGUAUAAACUACAAUUCGUUAAUUAAGAUCGAUGGUUUCAGUGAUGAAAAGCCAUAUUUGAUUUACUAGGAUUCUCGUUCUAUUGGAGUGAUCAACUGUUAAAAAUUGACUGCUAAAUCAAUCAUAAGUGAUUUAAAUUAUGGUAGAUGUGGUAAUAUUUACAGUCUGGAUUAAUACACAAACAGUGAUGGUAAACAUUACAUAAUAAAUCUUAGGUUUGAUAGAGAAUCUAAUGUAAGAGAUAUCAGAAGGUAUUAAUUACUCAAAUCUAAGUUCCCUUGA